ACUUCUCGCGUGAUUGAAAUCGCUAAUAGUCAAGUACCGGUACAAAUGCAUAGUGUAAUCAAGAAUAAUCAAGAAUAUUACUUCAAAGUAUGGAUCCGGAUGAACGGCCGAUGGGUUCUUGUUGGUGCUCCUACUCCUAGUACAUGUACUUAGUAACUAGUAUGUCAUUGUAGACUAAGAGUAAGACCAGUCAUCUGGCAUUAGACACCAUGCGGAGUGGCCAUACCCUAUUGCUGGUCGCCGCUAUCGCUGUUCUUUCCUAUUGGCACAGUGCUGACGGUGACUUCGUGUUCGACGACUCGGAGGCGAUCAUUGGCAAUGCAGAUAUUACUGGAGCAAGCAGCACGUGGGACAUUUGGAAGCAUGACUUCUGGGGAAAAUCGAUGUCGUCCAAAACAAGUCACAAAUCGUACAGGCCUCUAACAGUGCUGAGCUUCCGGUGGAGUUAUUGGCUCGCAGGCGGUCUACAUCCGAAAGGAUUUCACGUUGUCAACAUAGUACUCCAUGCAGUAUGUUGCGUUCUAUAUCUCUGUGUCGUUGAACGAGUGGUUUUGAGACUACAUGUACACUGCAACAGUCACCCUGAGAAGCACCAUGGCGGCAGCGGCCGGAGUCGCAGCACUGGCCACACCGAGGUGGUGAGUCUGUGGAGUGCGCUACUGUUCGCCUCGCACCCGGUUCACUCGGAAAGUGUGGCCGGUGUGGUGGGUCGUGCCGAUCUGCUGUCGGCUGCAUUCUUCUUCACGGCGCUGUUGUGUUUCGAGAAAGCAUGCCGUCCAAUACAGCCCUUGCCGCCGACGACUGCACCUACAUGUACUAUAAAGACAAGCGGUGUCAGCGGUGCAGAAAGUAUGCGUUGCCGUGGUGACAAUGGCGGUGCACUGCCUACCCAGCCUAGCCAUGGCACAUCAUGGCUGUCCUCUAGUACUAGUAGUAGUGGCAGGAAUACGACUGGUCCUGGUGACCAUAUGGGACAAGGCCGCAAGCGCUCACAGCAGGAGCUUAUAUUUCUCGUGGUGGCUCUCUCGCUGGCUGCCAUUAGUAUGCUAUGCAAAGAGCAGGGCGUAACCGCGCUGGGCGUCUUUUCUAUCAUCGAUCUAUUGCGCUCCGCCAGGUGUCAAGUCUGGCAAAUUGUCCACGUGUUGAUGAGUUGCAACCGUGCCAAGGCGAGUCGUCUUUGGAGUCGGCUUUCUCGGGCUGGCUUUUUUCACCGUCAAGCCGCCGUUGGGUGCGCAGCCGUACUUUGCUUGUGGGCACGUUGGCGUAUCAUGGCGGGUGCACCCCCAGCGUUCCAACUGAUGGACAAUCCGGCGUCGUUCUCCAACUCCACGGCAACGCGCGCCUUGACCUACAACUACAUAUACGCGCUGAACGCCUGGCUGCUUCUGUGUCCUGUUUGGCUGUGCUUUGACUGGGCGAUGGGGUGCAUUCCACUGGUGGACACCGUCAGCGACGCCCGGUGUAUUGCUGUGCUUUUCUUAUGGCUUGCCCUGCUGGCGCUGGUGUACUGCAGUGCGCUGCAGAAAUCCAACGUAGACACAGUGCACGGCUCAGGCGGCGGAAGUGAUGAUCAGGAUGGAGGUGACGAGGCGAGUGCCGUUGGUGAGGGUGCUCGGCAGCGUCAGGCUGUAGUGCUAUCACUGGCGCUGAUCGUCGUACCGUUCUUGCCUGCGAGCAACCUGUUCUUCCGCGUCGGCUUUGUGCUCGCCGAGCGUGUUCUGUACCUGCCAAGCGCCGGAUUCUGCGUCUUGGUUGCUUUGGGCUUGAAGCGGCUGCUUGCUGGCGCGGUGUGUCGACGCUAUAGAGCUCUACGCCUUGCUCUUCAGUGCGCUGCCAGCCUGACUGUGAUCCUGUUCACUCUUCGCUCUCAGCAACGUAGCUUUGAGUGGCGGCGCGAGGAGACAUUGUUCUCGGCCGGUGCGUCCGUCUGUCCACUCAACGCCAAGGUGCAUUACAACAUCGGUAAAGUCAGCGCUGAUGCUGGCCAUGUCGUCAAGGCACUGGCCGAGUAUCGCGAGGCGGUUCGACUUCAUCCGGACUAUGACGAGGCGCUCAACAAUCUUGGUAACCUGCUGAAGGAGCAAGGUGAGAAGCACGAGGCGCAGGCUGUGCUGCAGCGCGCUGUACGGGCCAAUCCAAAGUUUGCCGCUGCCUGGAUGAACCUGGCCAUUGUGAAGGCAGACCUCAACAUGGCCGAGGAUGCUGAAAUGUGCUACAAGGCAGCGAUUCGUCAUCGCCGCAACUACCCUGAUGCAUGGUACAACAUGGGCAAUCUCUUUCUGAAGCUCAAGCAGUAUGACAAAGCUGCGCAUGCCUGGAAAAAGGCCAUUGAGCUGAAAGCUAAGCACCAUGGGGCGUGGCAUAACCUGGCACUCGUGUACGAGGAAACCAGCCGCUUUCAGGAGGCCGUCGGUGUGCUGAAGCAAGCCAUUCUCGUUUUUCCUGACAGCCACGAUUUGCAUUCUACUCUGGGAAACGUCUAUGGCAAAUUGGAGAUGUACGGCGACUCGGAGCGGGCUUUCCGCAAGGCCAUUCACGUAACGUCCAAUGUAUUGCAGCAGGCUAACGUAUGGUCCAACCUGGGCGUGCUGCAUCAUAGGGGCAAACAGUGGGAGAAGGCAGAACAAGCUUACCGAACUGCAGAAGAACUGCUUCCAGGGCAGACGGCCGCGAAACAGAACCUGGAGAUGCUGCUGAAGAGGAAAAAGCGGUAAUGUGCCACAGCCAUGCUGGCCAAGUAUAACCCAAAGACUGUGUCCACUGCUUCUAGAAAUUUGCACGAUACGUUUCCAGACGUUUCGUCGUUCUGAACAACAUCGUCAGUGGAUAAAGAAGAAAAAGGACUUGAUUUUACAAUGAGAGUGGCUAACCAAUGGCUAGCUUGUCCACCAACUUUUAACAAUUUUUUACUCGAAUUCUUUGCUUAACAUUUCGUUCCAAGAAUCUAUCAGAGGGUACUGUUAGCAUUCACUGUUUUGUUUUCCAUCCUUUUCUGGGAGAACCUCUAAGUACUUGAGAAGUCUAUCUGUGAGCGAUAGCUAUAGAGAUAGCCCUAUAUUAUUUCCCGUUAUAAUUAAAAAAUAAAAUAAAACAUUUCACCAUUCACGUGAUCGUGAGA